AUGGUCGUUUCCAAUGGCCAGGUCGUCGAACAGGGCUUCCAUGAGCAAUUGAUUGUGCAGGGUGGCAUCUACGCGCGCUUAAUCCGAGCCCAGGACCUGAACACGACAUCUUCAGCAGAGGGCGAUGAAAGGUCGGAGGGCGAAGCAAAGGAUGACUUUGACAUUGGCCUUACAACGGUUACGACGAAACGUUCUGCCGGUACCAACAACAUGGGGGACAGCGCACCCAGCAAGGGACUUAAGUCCAGGUCAUUCUUGUCUGUGUUGUUUACUGUCGUUCGAGAGCAAAAGCGCCUUUAUCCCUUGAUCACUCUUGAAAUUCUAUUCUCUUUAGUUGCAGCGGGCACUUGGCCUGUGCAGUCCUUCCUCUUCUCGAAGCUGAUCGACCUCUUCGCCCAUGGUGCCGCCUCGGGCUUUGGCAGCACCAACUUCUAUGUCCUGAUGUUCUUCGUCUUGGCCCUGGCCAACUUGGUGUCCUACUUUGUCAUUAGAUGCGUUGCCAAUAUCAUCUCCCAGACUGUCACCCACAGAUACCGCUUGGAGCUCUUUGAGCGCCUCCUCAAUAUGGAUAUCGAGUUCUUCGACCAGCCCUCAAACACAUCCGGUGCACUAGUCUCCAAGUUGACUACGGUUCCGAGCGGCAUACAGGAGUUGAUCUCCGUAAAUAUCUUUAUUUUGUUGAUUAUGGUAAUCAGCAUCGUUGCCAGCAGUUGUCUUGCGCUCGGAUAUGAUUGGAAGUUGGCACUGGUCAUGGUAUUCGGCGGGCUGCCUCCCUUAGUUGGGUCGGGAUACGCCCGGAUUCGUCUGGAAUUGGAUUUGAACGAAAGAGCUGAUUUGCGCUUUUCAGAAAGUGCCGGUCAUGCCGUCGAAGCUGUCAACUCGCUAAGAACCGUCGCGUCACUCGGUCUCGAGACCGAAAUCCUGCAACAAUAUUCCAUGAUCCUUCGCGGCAUCAUCUGGCAGUCAAUCGGUUCCUAG